AUGGCGUCGGGCGAGCUCGAGCUGACUCUGCGCAUCCACCGCGGCGGCCACAACCACAGCGGCGGCAGCGGCAGCGAGCUCACCUCGGACGACGCCGACCAGCAGCACCCGCACCAGCACGGGCAGGCGCCCGCCUCUGCCCCCGCGCCUAUCGCCAGCUCGCCGCCCCCGCCGCCCCUACCGCCACCGCCGCCACAAUCGCAGCCUCUCAGCCGGCAGCCCUCCAAGGCGCUCAACUCCAAGAACUUCUCGCUGAGCCGAAAGCUGGCCAAGUUCGCCAAGGAGAAGAAAGCGGCGAAGACGCUGGGCAUCGUGAUGGGCGUGUUCAUCGUGUGCUGGCUGCCCUUCUUCAUCGUGAACCCGCUGUCGGUGGUGCUGCCGCAGCAGGAGCUCUUCUCGGCCGUCGUCUGCUGGCUGGGCUGGCUCAACUCGGGAAUGAACCCCGUCAUCUACGCCUGCUGGAGCCGGGACUUCCGCAGGGCAUUCGUGCGGAUACUGUGCGUUUGCUGUCCCAGGCGGAUGCGCCGGAAGUAUCAGCCGGCGCUUCGGUCCAAACCUAGCCAGUUCCUGGGCAACACGGCGGUCAUGCUGGCGCACUCAAGCGUCGGCUAUUCCUCCGUGGGCCGCCACCAGCACCAGCUCUACCGGAUAUGACGUCACGACGCGGCCGGCGGCGAACUGCGGCGCAGGCCCAGCCUCUCGUAGCGCGGUCGCCGCCGGGCCACCCCGCGCCUUGCUGCGUCACUUCCUGUCUCCACGUGUCUGCCCGCCUCGACGCUCCGAGAGCGGCUGCCGUGGAUUCGCACCUGGUUUCAACUAAGCUCUUUAUGUGAUGUAUAUUUUGUGUUGUUGUUGAGGGGAAAUUAUACGCUCAGAAACGUAGUUCUUUUUCCUAAUUACGCUCUCUGACUGAGAGAAGAGAAUUCGCAUUCAUAAAUUCGUCAGGUUUGGACUCAAAGAAAAAAAACUCAUUAACACCCUUUUUUUCUACAUGUUGAAAUCACUGAUUCAUUCGUUACAGACUUUCCUACAGCGUAAAUUCGUUUUUUACUGGGAGAUGUGGUAGCAAAUUAAAACGUGCGCUUGUAAAGAAACUGCUCUUUUAUUUUACGAAAUCAACGCGACUAUAAAAUUUAGAAAAAUGGAUGUAUCGAGUUCGGAAAACGAUUUUCCAGAUAUUAUAAAAUUUUCUUCUCAUUGCCUGUUGUAUUACCGGUGUCUGACAAGUAAAAGACCUUUGUUUUUACUAUCAGCUAAACAAUGUAGUUUAUUUUGAGUGGAUCCCAUUAGUAAUAGAAAGUUCAUAUACUUGAAUUUACUCUCCCUCUGAUCAUCGUUGUGUUGAUGAUAUGUGUCUUGGAAUGAAAGGGGUAAUUUGAAACACGACGUCCUCGUUCGUCAGGUAACCCACCAUCAACUGUUGCCAAAUACCAUGGUAAAUUCUGCCGAGACCUAAUGCAUCCCAUUCUGGGGUACAUCAAUUCUUCUUCGCUAGAAGAAUAUUGCAUUAACCUUCAUUUUCUUAGUUUCCUGUCUAUCUUUUUUACUUUUCAGUAAGUUCGUUCUGCGCUCAAAACCGUCGCAUCACUUUCGCAUUGCAUUUAUUGCCCGUCCAAAAUCCCAAACAUUAAAUUGUCAAAGAAGUGUAAUACGAAAAAACGACAAAAGAGAACUGAGUAUCUCAGAUAAAAGGAAAUUUACUUGGCGUCUAUCAAAGAAACAUUUUGUGUCUAUACCUCAGAAAACAUUUCAUUACCUAAAGAGCAGCUUAUUAUGAGGAUCUCUGACGUAGUUCGUGAAGUAACGUAGUUUCUGGGAAGAAAAGCAUUCAUAAUAUUUCUGUGUAUAUACUACAACAAUUUAAAUGUCAUUUACGUUAAAAACAUUGGAGAAGCUUAAAGACAUUGAGGUGAGAAGAUAUUGUAACAGGGAUUACCAAUAUUAUCGAUGCGCACAAAAAAUUAAUUGGAAAUAAUGGGAUGUGGAGUAACUGUGGAAUGUCUACAGUUUAUCCAUCGGCCUUUGGAAAUGCAUGUAAAUUUAUAGACCUUACCUUGCCAUACAAGUCUUUGUAGUUAUAACACGUUAAAUAAUGGAAUUCGCUGGAGCAUUUUUUGUAAACAUGCAAUGUUCUACUAAUUUUAUGUUAAAACUGAAACGGCUCUAUAACCACUUGUUCAUAAA